CAGUAAAGGGGGCUGGUGAGAGCUGGGGCAGUUCUGUUGGCUGAGACACUGCGUGACAAAUAAAUGCAUAAAUCGGGAGCGAUUCAGUUCUAUCUUUUAGUUUUAUGUUCUCGAUAUCAUCCCACCUCCACCAUCCGCAGACGGCUUGAAGAUGAAUAAACAGCCCAGUAAAGAGUCUCUGCGGGACCGGGUUAAGGGGAUUUUUGGCCUCGGUCCGCCUCGGCCCCACAGCAAACAGACCGAGAGCAAACCGUCAGAGUUUAUCAUCACGCUGGACAUCCUGAUGGAACUCACUUCAGAGUACAGCCUCCACCACCGGAUCAGAGUCAUCAACCACGUGUGCGAUCUUGCCAAAUCUAAGAAGUUUGAGGAGCAUGCGGUGGAGGCUGUAUGGAAGGCCGUGGAGGAUAUGAUGCAGCCUGAACAGCCGCCUGAAGCCCGUCAUGCAGUGCUGGUGCUACUAAGAGCCAUUAUACAGGGACAGGGUGAGAGGUUGGGUCCACUCAGAGCGUACUUUUUCAAGAUCAUUUUGGACUAUCAGCCCUCAAAUGAAGAUCUGGCUGAGAGACUGGAGGUGUUCAAGGCACUCACGGAGAACGGGAAAGAUAUCACCUACCUCGAGGAGGAGAUCGCUCGGUUCGUCCUGCUGUGGAUGGACAUCGGUCUGUCAUCGGAUUUCCUGCACGUCCUUGUGAACUUGGUCAAAUUCAACUCCUGCUACCUGGAUGAGAACGUCUCCCUCAUGGUCCAGAAAAUCUGCCUUCUGUGUAACCGGACGACUUCCUCCACGGAUAUUGAGGUUGCACUGCAGGUGUUGGACGCUGUGGUGUGUUAUAACUGCCUGCCCUCCGACUCUCUGACAGUGUUCAUCAUCACACUGUGCCGAACAGUUAACGUGAAGGAGUUCUGUGAAUCCUGCUGGAAGCUGAUGCGUAAAGUGUUGGGAACUCACCUGGGUCACAGUGCCAUAUACACCAUGUGCCGUAUCAUGGAGGAGAGGGUGUACAGUGAGGAUGCCGCUCUUCUCAGGGGGGCUGUGUUUUUCGUUGGUAUGGCACUGUGGGGAGCUCACAGACUUCCUGCCCUCAAAAACACGCCCACUCUCGUCCUCCCUUCCUUUUACAAGGCCAUGAGCUGCGCUAAUGAGGUGGUUUCCUAUGAGAUUGUGCUGUCGAUCACGCGACUCAUCAAGAAGUACGGCCGAGAGCUGCACGUUGUCACGUGGGACAUCCUGCUGUCCAUUAUAGAGAGACUCCUGCAGCAGAUACAGACGAUGGGCAGUCCUGAUCUGAAGGUGAUCGUUUAUGAGUUACUGAGCACCGUCGAGGAGCUGUACGAGCAGAAUGACUUCCACGGAUCCUCGCAGAGAUUCUUUAGCCUGGUGGAGAAGUGUGCAGAUAAACGUCCCGAUGCGUCCGUGUUGACGUUGAUUUCCUACAGAGCUCAAUCCAUCCAGCCAGCCAAAGACGGAUGGCUGCAGAACCUGCUGAAACUCAUGGAGAAGUUCUUCAGGAAUGAGAGCCGUACUAUGAUCAGAAUUAAGGUUCUGCACAUCCUGUCCUUCGUACUCAGCACAAACCGGCAGCUCUAUGAAGAGGAGCUGAUCGAGGUGGUGGUGAUUCCUCAGCUGGGUCAGAUUGCCGAAGAUCGAGAUCUGUCCGUCAGGAAACAAGCCACGCAGCUGCUGGUGGAUCUCGCUGAGGGCUGCAACACACAUCACUUCAGCAGCUUGCUCGACAUCAUCGAGAAGGUUGCUAGUCGUCCGUUAACAUGCUCUAUGGAGGGUGAGAGAGAGCUGUCUGUGGAGUCGCCCAUGGAGGACGUCCGGACCGCUAUACUGGGUUUGCUAGACAUACUACAGAGUAAACUGUACAGUCUGCCCGCCAGUCACGCCAGUCGAGUGUACGAGCUACUGAUUUCUCAUCUGCAGCUUCACUACAAGAACAAAUACUACAGUGCCAUUGGGAGCUCCAUACGGCUCAAGGUUUUUGAUUUCUUACUGAUGAUGAGGGCUGACUCUCUUCAUCGCCUGGGUGUCCCCAAUAAAGAUGGAGUCCUGAGAUUCAGCCCAUACUGUCACUGUGACGUUGGGGAGUCUGAGAAGAGAGUGACCGAUAAGAAGCCAACAGGAACUGUGUCGCCACCGACAGGAAGUCCCACCCCUGCAGCUCCGCCCUCCUCCAUUCGCACUGCCUAUCUGCCCUACAGCCUGGCCUUCAACGUUUUACUACAGUGCCUGAAGAUGGAAACUGACUGGAAAGUUCUGAAGCUGGUUCUGGAUAAGAUGUCCUGCACAAUCCAGUACAAAGUUUUGAUUCUGGCAUCACCGUGCAACAUCGAUCAUCUGUGUUCGACUCUCUGCUCUAUGGUGACGGACCGUCUGAUAUCAGAGCGUUUGAAGAAAACUCCUGAUGGAUUCUCCCUCACUGAUGUUCAGCUCGCUGUGGUUCCUGUUCUCACUGCCCUCACCUCCUACCACAGCUACCUAGAGCAGUCCCGACAGAGGGAGCUGGUUCAGUGUUUGGAGAAGGGCCUGAUUUACCGCUGUGCUAAGCAGUGUGUGGUGGCUCUGACCAUGUGCACCGUUGAGAUGCCCGACAUCAUGAUCAAACUCCUUCCCGCCCUCAUCGUCAAGCUCACGCACAUCUCUGCAACUGUCACCAUGGCAUCACCCAUGCUGGAGUUCCUGUCCACAUUAGUGCGGCUCCCACAUCUAUAUGCUAACUUCGUAGCUGAGCAGUAUGUUAGCGUGUUCGCCAUAUCAUUGCCGUACACCAACCCCUCAAAGUUCAAUCAGUACAUAGUGUCUCUCGCCCAUCAUGUGAUCGCCAUGUGGUUCAUACGCUGCAGGCUUCCUUUCAGGAAAGACUUCGUUCAGUACAUCACCAAGGGUCUCCGUUCGAACGCUCUUCUGCCGUUCGAUGAUAGUCAUGAGCAGAGCAGCUUCAGAGCGCGCAGCACCAGCCUGAACGAGAGGCCCAAGAGUUUGCGGACGACCAAAGUGGCGAAGCAGGGCCCCAGCGCAAACUCUCCCGUUAAAGACCUGAAAGAUCUGUCGGCCAUGGACGCCUUCCGCUCCCGAAGCAUCAGUGUGUCCGAGCAUGCGGUGCGCAGGAUGCAGACGUCCAGCACCACCUGCAGCCUGGGUUCGGCUGACGAGAACGCGGUGAUGCAGGCGGACGACGCACUGAAGACGGUCCAUCUGGAGCUGACCGAGACCUGCCUGGACAUGAUGGCGCGAUACGUCUUCUCCAACUUCUCUGCCCUGCCCAAGAGGUCUCCCAUCGCUGAGUUCCUGUUAUCUGGUGGCCCCAGUAUGACUUGGCUGGUUGGGAAUAAGUUAGUGACCAUAACCACCAGCGGCGGGUCGCGAACCCAAGCCCUUCUGGGCCUGGAUAUGGCCGAGAGACCCGGAGGAGGAGGAGAAAUGACCAGGUCCGACCCGUCAUUACACACCCGACAGACGAAAGAGGCUCCUGCUAAACUCGAGUCCCAGUCGGGCCAGCAGAUCAGCACCAACACUCGCACACGCGUCCGCUCCAUAUCAGGUGGUCACGCUCUGCGAGCCGGUCCGGCUCAGAGUCUCAGUCCUCUGGUGGCGUCUCCUGAGGGCGAAUACAGCGGCCCGCUGCCUCCACCGGGCCCCCCACUGGAAGUCCUGGGGUCCCAGAGGGGAGUGGAAGAGCAUCCGGCACCCUCCGCCUCCCAGUCCUCCCCGCCAUUUAAAGACAAGUCCAGCCUGGCUGAGUUUGUGCCCAUGCUGACACAGGGCUGGGCUGAAAUCUUCAUCCGCCGUCCCUCAGGUAACACAAGCUGGCUGAUGUGUCUGGAGAACCCGCCGAGCCCGUUCUCAUCCGAGCUGGGGAACGUCCCGCUGCAGGAGCUGUCCACUGUGUUGAUGGCCAUGGACGGGGUGAAGGAACCCCAGAGCGAGGCCCCUGUUGCCCAGGGCGAGGCACCCCAGCCACAGGGGAGGCCCUGCCCCAUCCAGCGCUCCAACACCGUGGGCGCUCUGGGCUCUCUCUGCUCCGCCGAUACGCCGGGCAGGUUACACAGGAGUAUAUCGUGGGCAGAUUCGGUUGUGUUGGAAGAAGGUGGACGGAGCAGAGCGACUGUAUCAGCAGCUGAGUCCAAAGAGCUGGAGGAGUUUGAGGCCAUACCAUCUGAACCUAUUUUCAUGAGCACUGCUACAACACCAGCUGGCAUGCUGAGCAGAUCCUCCUCAACAUCUAGUCAGGAUGAUGAGAAGUCGACCCUGGAGGAAGUGAGUGAAGGCGGUAUCCCCAUCGAUCAGCCUCCACCAUCCCUCUCCACCCCGGGGCUGCAAGACACUGACCUCACCUUCUCACAUGCUACGUUAAAUAAAUCGAGUUCCUCCCCGGAGCUCCAAACUCUCCCAGAGGCCUUCACCAAGGCUGCGGCCCAGAGCGGCUCUGGGGAGGACUUGCUCAGCUCCAAGAUCCAGAUGGUGCAGGCUGAGAGAGAUGCCCCAGGUGAAAGCACGUGGCCGGGAGAGAGCGUCGUAUCAGCUGGCCCAUCCAGCUCCAGCGCUAGCAUCUCCGUCUCAUCUUCCUCCACUUCCAGGAUGAGGCUGGAGUUUCCCACGGCCCAGCCGGGAGCCCUGUCUCCCACCGGACACAGGCCCCGCGGACACACUAUCUCGGUGUCCGCGCCGUCGUCCCGCAGAGGGGAGAGGAAGAUGGACAGAGACUCGUACCACAAUCGAGGAGGUCCAUCCAAUGCUGAGAAGAGCUCAGGACUCAGUCCCAGCUUCGUCUUCCUGCAGCUCUAUCACUCGCCGUUCUUUGGCAAUGAAGCCAACAAACCCCUCCUGCUGCCCAAAUCUCAGCUGAUAGAUCGUGCCGUCAAAGUCUUGGAUCAGAUGCCUCCGUACGACACUCAUAAGAUUGGUGUGGUGUUUGUUGGAGCUGGACAGGCGAAUAACGAGGUGUCGAUCCUCUCCAACGAGUACGGCUCCAACCGCUACGCUCAGUUCCUCACGGGCCUGGGAAAACUCAUACACCUGAAGGACUGUGACCCAGACCAGAUCUUCCUGGGUGGACUGGAUCAGUACGGAGACGACGGCGAAUUCACCUAUUGCUGGCACGAUGACAUCAUGCAAGCCAUUUUCCAUAUAGCCACUCUCAUGCCGAACCGUGAAAGCGACAAGGGCUGCUGCAAUAAGAAACGCCACAUUGGGAACGACUUUGUGGUGGUGGUUUACAAUGACUCUGGAGAGGAGUACAAACUCGGCACCAUCAAGGGUCAGUUCAAUUUCGUGGAGGUGCUGAUAAAGCCUCUUGACUACGAGAGCAACCUGGUCACGCUGCAGUGCCGGAAAGAUCUGGAGGGUUUGGUCGACACCAGUGUGGCAAAGAUCGUUUCUGACCGCAAUCUACCACUGCUUGUGAGACAGAUGGCACUGCAUGCAAAUAUGGCUUCGCUGGUGCAUCAGUGUAGAGCGAACCCAUCAGAUGCCUACGCUUCAAAAUGGCUGGCAAGAUUGAGACAUAUCAAGAGGAUCAGGACACGGGCUCAGGAGGAAAUUCAGUCGCGCCCUACUCAUGGAAUCUCUCUGACCCAAGGCCACGCCCCCAUGCAGAAUAAACCCACCCACCAGCCUUCCGGCUCUGCUUCGAACCCGGACGCCGGCCAGAGGAAGAGGCUGGUGUCCACCGUCGACGAUUUCACAGACUUUGUCUAGCGAGAGUCCCGUGACGUGUUUUUAACUGAGACUAAGAGGUGCUGCGUUCCCAUCAGUCCUGACAAAUGAAUCCAUUCCUGAAGGCAGAGGGCAGUGAAGUUUGGUGUUUGUAUGAUUUGAUCACCUUUAAAACAACCCACCAUGCCACAGGAAGUAAGAGUUCAGCCGGGACGCAGCUUCACUCAAUGCUGUGACUGUAUGAACGAAUUUCACAAAGCGCUGCUGCGUCUGCUGAAAGAUGGAUGUAAACACGCACUGGCAUUGUCACAUGCCGUUUUUAGCAGUACGACAAAAUUGCACACGCACACGGUUAACGCGCUUUCGUGUCUCUGCCCAUCUUCACCCACACGUUUCUUUCUUAGAGCAAACUUGUUCACACUCACUUUCUUUUGUUGUUUUUCUCUGAAUAUAUGAAAAUGGUCUAUGAUAUUAAUCGUCCAACUGUUUUUGCUUGUUUUCUGCUGGUUUCUUUGUGUGUGAUGGUUAAUGCGUAUCAGAUAAGUUUCUAAUAGAACAACAGAUUCACAGAACAACAGCUCGUACAGUAAACCGCAUCAGACGUGUGUGCAUGUGUGCGCUUCGCUACCAAAUAAAACACUGAAAUGUGCAAAUA